AUGACGUCCGCUUAUUUCCCUCUAUUCUCUCUUCCCUACCUUGCUAUCCAAGAAGUUUUCGAUCAUUUCGGACCUCAAGGAAUAAUAAAUAUCUCAUUGUGCUCUCAAAGGGCGAAAAAACUUGCAAUAUCAUACCGAGGACCUUCGAAAAAUGUUCAACUUGACUUGGGAUUUGGUGCAAUGAAUUGUCUAAAACACUCAGAUGACAUGACAAUUGAGUUGCUUUUGAAAGUGGAACAAAUUUCAACGCUUUCAAAAAAUCGAGCACUGAGUACUGUAAAAAUUGGAGAGUUUUCCAAUAUUCCUGUAGAAAUGGGUGUUGUAUGUGAAGAGCCUUGCUUGAAGACAUACUGGGAAGAUCGAAUCGUUGGGUUGACCGAGAUUGGAAAUUACGCCCGUGAAAUAUUUAAUCAGAAUAUUUAUAAAGUACUUCUUGGAAAUCAAUUUGCUGAAAACGAGCAUAGACGGGCGCUUAAUUGGGUUAUGAGGACCCAACAGUCAUUAGAAUUCCUUCAUUGCGAAUUUACAUCAAAAACCGAUCAAGAUCUCGACCAAGUAAUAGAAUCUUAUAGACUCACCAAGAAUCUUACUGUAUUUGUGAAACCUUCGAGAGACUACCGUCCCGCCGCAAUGCCUCACAUCAACAUUGAUAGUAUAUACAUUUUUCCAAGUUUUUGGAUAAAUCAGGAUCAUUUAUUGAUGAUGAACUGCAAAUAUGUUAUCUUACAAGAUUCGGUAUUAACGCGCCAAGAUAUGAAUGUGUUCUUGAAGCAUUGGAAAAGUGGAGGUUGUUUUGAGUUAAAAGAAAUUUAUGUUACCUGUGAAGAAUUGAUCGAUCUUGAUUCAUUGUUGGAUGAUGUUGACUUCAUAGAAAUGGGCAAUGAUAUGAAGAGAUCCUAUGUAAAUGAAGAAAAUAUUCAUCAUACUAUCACUGCUGGUGUUGAUAUCAAAAGAACGACUGAUGACGUCAAAGCGACAAUCGUAGAUUUUGGACCUGACUCAAAGCAGUUUUGGAUGAUUGUUUGGCCGGAUUUUGUUGCUCUUCCCAACAUGCUCUCUGCUUGGCUAACAUUUUGUAUCUACCUCUUCUAUGGUAUACCAUCAUUCGUCCUCUACAUCCUAACCUUCUUCAUUAUCCUCCGCUACCGUAAGACCUUUGACUCAUCAUUCUUCCAUCUCUACUUGUACGAUGGCGCCUUGAACCUAUUCACGUUUCUUAAUAAUUAUUUCAAAACUCGAAUCCCGGCAAUCAUUGGGUACAACAGCUUUAUUGGUGCAUUCUACAGAAUCCUUGCUAACUCGAUCCUGCUAGACUUCAUAAUGCUGAUGAAUUUCCACAUGGCGUAUGUCCAGUAUGCAAUUACCACUCUAGUUUCGUUGAAUCGUUUGUCUGUUAUGCUCAAGUACAACACUUUUGAGCCGCUCUGGCGGAAGUACACCUGGAUCGCUAUCGUUUUGAUAUGUUUCGUUCCGUUAUUGAAUACCAAAGUCGUCUUACACUACGAUACUCAACUGACCUAUUUGAAUACAACGGACACUUAUUCUAUAACAACAAAUAUGGCGAUCGACGAAGUCUUCUCCAUCUGCAUUCCCUUCAUGAUCAUCUCCACAGUCCUCUCCGUCGCCAUCAACUUCAUCAGUGUAACAGUCCUCCGAAACCUCCAAACCCAAAUCCGCUACAAAGCCGAAUCCAACUUCAUCAUGAUCACAUGUAUCACUUGUCUCGUUCAACUCUGUGGGACUGUGUUAAGUGUAACAAGACUCAAAUUUGUUGGAAGCGAGAUGGCAGUGAUGUUAGCUACGUUUAUCCCGUUUAUCAGUGACGGGUUGAGUCUGGUACAACCGUGGUUGCUUUUGGCAUUUAGUCAUGUUGCUCGAGGAAAGAUCAUGGGAACCAUUUUUCGGAAGAAGCUAAAGAAAAGUGCAGUUGCUAUUCCAAAAUCGACAACAUACGUCUGA